UCUCAGUCCGCAAUCGUCGGUUUUGCCAACCAAACGUGCUUCAUUUUCCAUCAACUAACGCUUCGAACCGUUUCAAAUACUUUCCGAUUCUGGGUUCAGGAUUCGGGGCUUGCCAGUGGGAUUCCGCAGAGAAUGCAACGGGAUUGAUAUUGACUUGUACCGAGGGCCAAGAAGAGCCUGGCAGAGCGACAGUACCCACUAGACGGACCCUGGCUGGCCAUCUUUCGUGGAUGUGACGGAGAACGGUGGGGAUUCAUCGAUACAUGGGCAGCGAAGGACCCAGGAGGGGACAAAGGAGCGCUCGAGGACUGUUGAAUUAGUUAGAGGCGAAGCAACAAAUACAAACAAACGGGCCAUUCAACAAUCUCUCGACGUCGCCGUAUCGAUUUUCCGUUACAUCGUUAUACACACACACUAACCCAGUUGGCACUCCACUGGCCAUUACGCAUACGCCCCAUAGCCACCCCCAAGAAGCAGAGGCAGAGAGCGUGCGGCGGUUCGACUCCAGCUGCCCCGCGAAGAGCCCCAAAAGCAGAAAAAGAGAGCGCCAGAGCCUGGCGGAUUUGUUGCAUCUCGGCGGAGCUGGAGGCAUGUUUCAUUUGGCACUCGCCAGCCGCGGACGGACAAACCAUUUAGGGCUACGGCAAUAGCCAUUGUAGAUAGCAUUCAUCAGCAUCGGAAAUCGCGACCAGUCACGACUUUUACUCUAGCUGCAAAUACCGCGGGACCUCCUUCGCGCACACAGAAGCCCGCCCCCAUCCUCCAAGGAAUUCGCAAACCACCAGCAGGUGUUCAGCAUGGCGAGACUUCAGCUGCAACCAGGACACACGGCGGCGGCGGUGGCGGCGGUGGUGCUGCUGGUGACGAUCGGCCAGGUGCUCGGCCAGGGGCUGCCGCAGGCCCAGGUGUGCCCCGAGCAGAGCGAGAUCGCGCCCUGCAUCUGCACGGUGAAGAAGAACGGACUGGACAUCCUGUGCGAGACCACCGACCUGGUGCACAUCACCAAGUCGAUGGGCACGCUGAAGGGCAAGAGCCCCAUCAUCUUCUACCUGAAGCUGCGCCACAACAACCUGCCCAAGCUGCAGGGCUUCGUCUUCCUGGCCCUGGACAUCCGUCACCUGACCAUCCACAACAGCAGCCUGGCGGCCAUCGAGGAGAACGCCCUCAGCUCGCUGGGCGAGGGACUCACCCAGCUGGAUGUCUCCCUGAACCAAAUGAAGACGGUGCCCUCGCAGGCUCUGGGGCACCUGUUCCACCUGUUGAUCCUCAAUCUGAACCACAACAAAAUCACCGUGAUUCACAACAACGCCUUCGAGGGACUGGAGACCCUGGAGAUUCUGACGCUCUACGAGAACAAGAUUACACAGAUCGAUCCCGAGGCUUUCCGAGGACUCGAGGACCAUAUUAAGCGCCUAAAUCUGGGUGGCAACGAUUUAAGCAGUGUCCCGCAGAAAGCUCUUUCCAUUUUGGGCACUCUGAAAAAACUUGAGAUCCAGGAGAACAAGAUACGCGCCAUCAGCGAAGGGGAUUUUGAAGGCUUACAGAGUUUGGACUCAUUGAUAUUGGCCCACAACAUGAUCACCACCGUGCCUGCCAAUGUCUUUAGCCACCUCACCCAGCUGAAUUCCUUGGAGCUCGAGGGCAACAAGAUCAGUUCAAUUGACAAGGAUGCUUUCAAGGGCCUGGAGGAGAACCUGCAGUAUCUGCGCCUGGGGGACAAUCAAAUCCACACUGUUCCCAGUGAGGCACUGCGUCCAUUGCACCGCCUUCGUCACUUGGACUUGCGCAAUAACAACAUCAAUGUUUUGGCCGAAGAUGCCUUCACUGGAUUUGGAGACUCUCUCACUUUCCUCAACCUGCAGAAGAAUGACAUUAAGGUUCUCCCAAGUCUUCUGUUCGAGAAUCUCAACUCCCUGGAGACGCUGAACCUGCAGAACAACAAGCUGCAGCGCAUUCCGCAGGACAUAAUGGAGCCGGUCAUCGACACCCUCCGGAUCAUCGAUAUCACUGACAACCCGCUGAAUUGCUCCUGCGAGCUGACCUGGUUCCCCAAGCUGCUGGAGGACCUGAAGAACAAGGACGACGAAAUGUCGCAGAAGAAGAAGCCUCUGUGCCACAUGUCGCUGGACAACCGCGAGUACUUUGUGCAGGCCAUGCCCACCGAGAAGAUGCACUGCGCCGGCCUCAAUGUGAGUCCCUCGCCCACCAGCGGCGGUCUGAUGCGGAUCCUGCAAGUGAACAUCCUGGCCCAGAUUGCCGUGUGUAGCGUGGCCUUUCUGACUAGCGUCUAAACUGAAGCCGCAUCUGUCCAGCUAGACGCGAUGUUCUAUGUGGGUCAGUUUCAGCUUCAGUUUCAGUUCCACCCCCCAGACCCAGCCUCAGACUCGGAUCAGUGAUCAGUGAUAGUAAAUAGUGCGGUCGCCCCCAGUUCCAUUCGGUUUGAUUCGGUUCACAGCGUAAAGCAACAUAAAGACCCCUAAAAUGCAAAACGCUGAUAGCAAUCCCAGACCCAAGAUCACAGACCUUUCGUACGUCUACAAACCAUUUCUGUGUUGUUGUAUUGUAUGUUUUCUUAUAGAUUAUAGAGAGUCCGUGAAUUAUGCAACUCUGCCAAUAAUUAGACUCAGAAAGCACGCUUUUUGAACCAGCAGCAAGUCGCAGCAGCAGCAGCGCAGCAAGAAUAUGUGUCCCAAUCCACCUUGUUGAAUUGACGCACCUCCAGAGGCAACACCAUCAUCCAACCCACUCCACUCCAACACGCACAGUAGCUCGACUCGAAGGGGAGUGCUGGUCUCGAUCAGCACGAGGAGAUAUUCAAUUGUUAACGGACAUAGCUUAGAUAUAAGGCUUGAUUUAGGCACCAGUGCACCUGCAGAGGAAAACCAAACCGAAACCCAAACAUAUCAGAAUAUUGUUACGUUUAAGCAAGGGAUUAUGUUGUUAUACGCGUUAACCUGCACAAUGUGUUUUGCAGGCCUAUAAGUACGGAUACCAAUUUAUUGUGUGUAGUCUAUCGUCGUCUUGUCGUCGGUGUUGUGAGAUACAAUCAUUACUAACGCGUUUCGUAGUCCCCCCACCUGUUUCCCGCCCCACCUUCUGCACUCAAUCAAUCUAACCCCAGAGCAUCUAGCCUAGUUGAAGUUAGAUGACUCCAGGUGUCAUCCAAUUCUAACCAACUAUUACCAGUUGUGGCUCCACUUUGGGUGCUAGAGGCAAGGCGAAACGGAGGGAAAUCCCAAGAGAAUAUAAGAAAAUUCAUUUGCAUCAAUCACCAAGAACUGAUUAUGGAAUAAGUAGUUUGUACUCUUUAUUUGCCAUGAACAAGGGGCAAGUACUCCCGAUCCUUAAUCCCAAUCCCUGAAACCCCCCACAAGCCCCUCACAAAAAUCCAGAACGCAUAUCGUUAUAUUGUUAUUAUAUCGUGACAUAUCAAGAGCUCCCAGUAGUAAAUCACUCGGAUGGCUCUACACUGCUAAGAUAGUGACAUUUUAUAGAAUUUACUUACAUUUUUGAGGCAUCUGACAAGUUUGAUAUUUAUGCAAGAAGUGAAUUAAGCAAAUGUAUAUGCAGAGUGGAAUUUUGGAAAUUUUUUAUACAUAUACUUUUAUACACACAUACAUACGUACCUUUUCAAUUAUGUCUAUGCAAACUAAGUUGUAAUUCGAUUAGCUAUUAACACUGACACCCCGAUCCGGCCGUACCCGUUCCCAUUCCCACCGCCCAACCAACCGGUGGCUUGGGUCAGUAGCCACCCACUGGUGGGCGGUGGUGCAGGUGGGAGCGAUUGCGGGACCGGGAAUAUUUUGAAGAGAAUGCGCCGCACCACCGAUUCGGGUCAGUUUCCUUUGGCUAGAGCUGUUCUUUUCAAAAUAUUGCAAAGAACAGACCCCAUCGAAAGCUGGGCUUGCAUAAUGCUCUCCAUGUGAGCAAUAGUUAUCCCCGUGGGGAAAAUCUGAGAAUCUAACUAAUAAAGAAUCCAUGUUGGUUACAAAUGCAA